CCAUCUCUUCGCCGGCGGCUAUCGCCUAUCAAAUUUUAUUAUUAUUAUUAUUUUUUCAUAUGUUUGUGUUUGACGUUUGUAUCCACUGCCUGGUUACAACUUACAAGUUAAAAUAAAACAUUAUAAUAAUACUUAUCUAACGUUCAAUAUAAUUCUUGAAGAAAAAAAAAAUAACAACAAUAAUAGUCGUUGUUACAAAUUACUGCAUUUCGGUUGCCAGCCAACGCGGAUCGGAUGUGGACUAUGUAAAUCAUUUAGCGUCGAUCAUUUUCAUAAUGAAAAUGCUCACUAAAUCCCACUGAAAAAGCUUAGGUAUCGAUCAUCAUGAGCGAAACUCAAACUACAGAUGGCAUCAAGAAUGAAUCUGAUCUUGAUGACCUACAGGCCACUAAACGGCUCAACGGUCUAUCGUUGUCAGAUAACAAUACAAAUACACCCACGCUAAACCUUUUACAGGCUAAUGUUGAAGAGUUGUACACGUUUAACAAAAGUUCAUUGGAAGAUAAUCUAGAAAACCAGUCUUCUAAUAAAAUAAUAUUAAAAGAAAAAAUUCAACAAGUAAUCCAAUUAAUGAAGGACAAUGAAGUAUCUGCGAUUGCCGAGAACAAAGCACAUUAUUACUUUUUGUUGGGCAAGACAGGAAGUGUCAUACAUCCGGUUACUGAAGAAUGUAUCAACGCUUUUUCUAAAGCCGUAAAACUCAAUCCAGCACAUUUAGACGCUUGGAAUUCACUCGGAGAAUGUCUGGUUCACUUGAAACGAUAUUCAGAAGCUAAAUACUGUUUUCUUGCUUCACUGAAACAUGGAAAAAGCAAAGUCAUUUUACGUAACUUGUCCAUCAUUAUGAGGGAAACACAAUUAUUGACCAACGAAAACAUGAGGGAAAGCUUAGAAGCCGGUAUUGAAUAUGCAAAAGAGGCAGUUGAAUUGGAUUCAUCAGAUGGUGAGUCGUGGACUAUACUUGGCAACGCUUAUCUUUCUUUGUUCUUUAGGAAACAAGAAGAUAAACUGUUGAGGCAGUCAAUCAAUUCCUUUGAAAAAGCACUUCAAGACCCGGCGGCAGCUAAAAAUGCUGACCUCCAUUUCAACAGAGGCGUUGCUUUGAAGUAUGGAGAAAUAUACACUGAUGCACUGGCUAGUUUUGAAAAAGCGUCAUUAUUAGAUCCACAGUGGACCAUAGCGAAAGAUACUUUGGAAGAUCUCAUUAAAUAUUUAAAAUCCACACAGACAUUGUACCAACGUAAGGGCCAAAUGAAGAGCAAGCGAUUAAAACAAAUGACUGAUUCGUUGGACACGAGUUGUCUAGGUUUAUAUAAAGACAAGAUCAAAUCAAUGAAAGGCGAAGUUGUGUUGAAGCCCAGUCCAAUAUCACAACUAGAAGUGGGUUUAAAUAUCGACAAAGUAGUGUGUGGACGGGUAGUGUGUGUCGUGUAUAAUCAAGAACCCGUACCCUAUACAUUUUGCCUGGUCGACAAAGAACUCGCUUGUAUCGUAGUGUCUGUGUAUAAUUUAGCACAAGGCAAAGGUCCAAUUAUUGGUGACUCUGUUGCUAUUCCUGAACCGUACAUGAGUAAAAUUGAAGCAACUUAUAAAGACCAGAAAUAUGCUUAUCCUAGCAUCAGAGUGAAUUUGCCGUUGACUGUAAUAGUGAACAAGAAGUGUAUUAGCUCCGAAUGUGUAUGUCAACCACAGUUUUUGUCAAAACAAUUUUAAAUGCUGUUAUUAGUUUGAUAAAAUGAGUAAAUAAUCAACUAAUAUUGUUAUUUUAAGAUGUCCUAUUAACUGCACUCCGACGUGCUCUAUUGUAGCGAUUAAUGCAUAAGAAAUGUCGUUAAUAUUGUAUUGUUAAUUCAUGCUUAAUAUUUGUAUACUUCUUUAAUUAUUCCUUUCUUAUUUUUUUACUUUUGUACAUCGAAAAUUAAAAUAAUUAUUAAC